CCUUGCCUCCUCCUUCCCCAGUGCUCGUGUGCUGCAUGCAGUGCGUAUCUUGCCUCCGCGAGUCUAAGAUGGCAGGCAGGAUUAGCCGUGCUUGUGCUGUGCGUGCAUGCUGUGUAUAGAAUUCAUUACACGUUGCCUAGUAUUUCAGAUGUGAGUAUGUAAAUGCUCUGUAUGCCAUAUCAUCUGGUAGCGAAGACUUGUUUUUGCCUCAUUACAGCCUUAGAUAUUUCAACAUCACCUUCAGUUCCAAUUCAUUUGCUUCUGGAUGUUUGCUUUCAUCACAUUCAAAAUAGGAUUUUACCUUUUUUUUUUUUUAAGCGAAGGCACAAAAAAAGAAACCCUAAAAACAACAACAAAACUCUGCUACCAGAUGGUGUCUCCCCUUUCUUCUUGCAUUUGCUGUCUUUUAAAUAAUGUAUGUUGUAUUGUUAAUUAAUGUGAAUAUCAAAUUAAACACUUGAAACUUACAUAUUUAUUAUGCAGGUAGGAGGCAAGGUGGAAUCUAUUUUUAACUCUUGUGCACUUGGUGGUGUGCAAACAAGUUGAGUUCUCAAAUUUGUAUUUUCAGUGCUGGUAUCAGUGGUUUGAUUUUCAGCAAAUGUGACAGUGGCCUUUGCAGUGGUCAGCUCCAGGCUUUGAACUCUCAGAGGAGGAAGGGAAAAACAAUUCAACACACCACCUCCUUGGUUGCAGCCUCAGAAACGUUGGAUGAGAGGAACUUCUUUUUUUCAAUCUUGUUUUCCUAUUGAUAAAUUCAGUUCUCGUGAUCACAGUACAUUCAAGCUGCUCUGUGUAUGGUUUUUUUUUUUUUUUUUUGGUGACAAUUGCAUCUAAAACUUGUGAGCAAGAAGACGGAGAAAUCAGUUGGUCUCCAUCGCUUUACAUAAAAAUGGCUGAGUGUCUUGUCAUGCUAGCACUGCAUUGAGUUAUACAUACAGAUCUUGAUGUGGAGGAGAUGGAAGACUCAGAAUCAAGGAUUUCCAAGUGAUUUUUUCCAAAGCACGGGAAACUGACUCUGUUAAAGCUGGUCUGUCCUAACUGAGAUGACAGUCAUGUCCCUUUCCAGGGACCUCAAGGACGACUUCCACAGUGACACAGUGCUCUCCAUCUUAAACGAGCAACGAAUUCGGGGAAUUUUAUGUGAUGUCACCAUCAUUGUGGAAGACACAAAAUUUAAAGCCCACAGCAAUGUCCUGGCUGCUUCAAGCCUUUAUUUCAAAAAUAUAUUUUGGAGCCAUACCAUCUGUAUUUCCAGCCAUGUCCUGGAGCUGGAUGAUCUCAAAGCUGAAGUGUUUACAGAAAUACUUAAUUAUAUCUACAGCUCUACAGUCGUCGUCAGGAGACAGGAAACAGUCACUGAUCUUGCAGCUGCAGGGAAAAAGCUGGGAAUAUCGUUCUUGGAAGAUCUUACUGAUCAUCACUUCUCAAAUUCUCCAGGCCCCUAUGUAUUUUGUAUUACUGAGAAGGGAGUAGUUAAAGAAGAAAAAAAUGAAAAAAGGCAUGAAGAACCAGCCAUCACCAAUGGGCCAAGGAUCACAAAUGCAUUUUCCAUCACUGAAACAGAAAAUAGUAAUAACAUGUUUUCUCCGCUGGACUUGAGGGCAAGUUUCAAAAAGGUCUCCGACUCCAUGAGAACAAGUGGCCUUUGCCUAGAGAGGACCAACGUUUGCCAGGAGCCGGAGCCCGUCCGCACACUAGCGGAGCACUCCUACGCUGUUUCUUCUGCGGCGGAAGCUUACAGAAGUCAGCCUGUAUGUGAAGAGGCCAGCAGCUCGACUGGUAAAGCAGGUAAAGAAAAUGGCGAAGCUCUUGCAGCAAAGCCGAAACCAUGCCGCAAGCCAAAGACACUCUCCAUACCCCAAGAUUCUGAUCCACCUACAGAAAACAUACCACCCCCUCCAAUAACCAACUUAGAGGUUAAUCAGGAAAGAAGCCCACAGCCAGCUGCAAUUCUCUCUCAGUCAAAAUCUCCCCACAACGAAGGAGAUGUCGAUAUUCCCAGGGAAGAUGAGAAUAAAUCCUCUGACGUUCCUGGGCCGCCGGCAGCCGAGGUUCCACCUCUUGUUUACAAUUGCAGCUGUUGCUCCAAAUCCUUCGACAGUAGUGCUUUGCUCAGCGCCCACAUGCAGCUUCACAAGCCAACAGAGGAGCCUUUAGUGUGCAAGUACUGCAACAAACAAUUCACCACCCUCAACAGAUUGGAUCGGCAUGAGCAGAUCUGUAUGAGGUCAAACCACAUGCCCAUUCCUGGAGGAAACCAACGCUUUUUAGAAAACUACCCUACCAUUGGACAAAAUGGAGCUUCAUUCACAGGUCCAGAAUCUUUAUUAUCUGAAAAUAGGAUUGGUGAGUUUUCCAGUACUGGAAGUACCUUGCCAGAGAUGGAGCACAUGGUUAAAUUUGUUAAUGGACAAAUGCUCUACAGUUGUGUUGUAUGCAAACGCAGUUACGUGACUCUAUCCAGCCUCCGUAGACAUGCAAACGUUCACUCAUGGAGAAGAACAUAUCCUUGCCAUUACUGCAACAAAGUAUUUGCAUUGGCUGAAUACAGGACAAGACAUGAAAUUUGGCAUACGGGGGAAAGGCGGUAUCAGUGCAUUUUCUGCCUUGAAACUUUCAUGACCUACUAUAUACUGAAAAACCAUCAGAAGUCUUUCCAUGCCAUAGAUCAUAGACUUUCCAUCAGUAAGAAAACAGCAAAUGGAGGCUUGAAACCUAGUGUCUAUCCAUAUAAACUUUAUAGGCUACUGCCUAUGAAAUGCAAGAGGGCUCCUUAUAAGAGCUACCGACAUUCUUCCUAUGAAAAUGUUCGAGAAAACAGUCAAAUGAAUGAGUCUGUACCUGGCACCUAUGUUAUUCAGAACCCACACAGCUCCGAAUUACCUACACUGAAUUUCCAAGACAGUGUAAACACCUUGACCACCAGUCCAGCCAUCCCAUUGGAAGCAUCUGCUUGUCAGGACAUACCCACUUCCACCAAUGUACAAAAUGCAGAGGGCACCAAAUGGGGAGAGGAGGCAGUGAAACUUGAUGUUGACAAUAACUUUUAUUCAGCUGAGGUGUCAGUUUCCUCCACUGAAAAUGCCGUCAAUUCUGACCUCCAGGCAGGGGGUGUGCCUGUCCUGCCUGUGAGUAAUGGCAGUGAGAAGUCCACCUCUGUGAUCAGCUACAGUGGCUCAGCCCCCUCGGUCAUUGUACACAGUAGCCAGUUUUCAUCGGUGAUCAUGCACAGCAAUGCUGUUGCUGCCAUGACCAGCUCUAACAACAGAGCCCCCGCAGACCUGGCUGUCAGUCAGUCCCUGAAAGACAACAGCAAACCUGAGCCAGACAAAGGGACUAAAGUUGCAAGCAUUAAGGAGAAAAAGAAAACAAUACAACAUAACAAGGGAGAAAUACCGGAGGAGUCAAAAUAUGUUGCUGAUCCUGGAGGGUCGUUGAGCAAAACCCCAAAUGUCACUGAAGAAACCAGUAAAAUCGAAACCUACAUUGCAAAACCUGCUCUACCCGGAACCUCCACAAACAGCAAUGUUGCGCCCCUUUGCCAAAUAACAGUGAAAAUUGGGAACGAGGCCAUUGUGAAAAGACAUAUCCUAGGGUCCAAAUUGUUUUAUAAAAGAGGGAGAAGACCCAAAUACCAAACGCAGGAGGAAAGUUUGCUGCAGGACAGUUACCCGGAAACCAAGGGUGACAGCCCACUGGGGCUUUGCCAGUCGGAGUGUGUGGAGAUGAGCGAAAUGUUCGAUGAGGCCAGUGACCAGGAUUCCACUGACAAGCCAUGGCGCCCUUACUACAACUACAAGCCCAAAAAGAAAUCCAGACAACUGAGAAAAAUGAGGAAAGUCAGCUGGAGGAAAGAGCAUGGGAACAGGAGCCCAAGCAAUAAAUGCAAAUACCCAGCAGAACUGGAUUGUGCUGUGGGGAAGGCCCCUCAAGAUAAGGCUUUUGAGGAGGAUGACAAUAAAGAGAUGCCCAAGCUGCAGUGUGAACUCUGCGAUGGAGACAAAGGAGCCACGCCUGGAAGCCAGGGCAGGCCCCACCGACAUCUCACUGCCAGGCCUCAUACCUGUGAGCUCUGCGCCAAGCAGUUCCAGAGCCCUUCCACACUCAAAAUGCACAUGCGGUGUCACACGGGAGAGAAGCCCUACGAGUGCAAGACGUGUGGGCGAUGCUUCUCAGUGCUAGGGAACCUACAGAAACAUGAACGCAUCCACCUGGGCCUGAAGGAGUUUGUCUGUCAGUAUUGCAGCAAGGCCUUCACUCUGAACGAAACCCUCAAAAUCCACGAAAGAAUCCACACUGGUGAAAAGCGUUACCACUGUCAGUUCUGCUUCCAGAGUUUUUUAUAUCUCUCCACAAAAAGGAAUCACGAGCAGAGGCACGUUCGAGAGCAUAAUGGGAAGGGCUAUGCCUGCUUCCAGUGCCCCAAAAUUUGCAAAACAGCUGCUGCCCUCGGAAUGCACCAGAAGAAACACUUAUUCAGAAGCCCAGGUCAGCAGGAGAAAAUGGAAGGUGACGUGUACCAGGAAAACUCAAAUCCCUUGGAGAAUCCACAUUGCAUUGAUUCAGAAGACAAUGACCAAAAGGAUGAUGCACACGCCAUUGUUGAAAACGUUGUCCUUUGAGUGGUGAUAGAAAAAUCUUCAAAAAUAAAAGUUGGUGGGGUUUUUCUUUUUCUUUUUUAGUUUUGUUUUGUUCACACGACAGUCAUGAAGGAGUGACAUGUAAAAAAAAAAAAAAAUCUCAUUUGCGAAAAUUCCAGCAAAAGGAUACUUUCGUAUCUACUUUAGGUUUUAGCAUUAACUUUAUGCAAAGUGCACAAAAACCAAAAUAGCUGAAGCCUCCAGUGUCCCAAGUACCUUGUGAGAGUUAAUGAAGUUCUUAGCUGUGGUAUUUCUACCAGUGAAUAAAAGAGUUUAAUUUUAGCCUAAUUUAAAACACUUUCUAAGUAAAUGCUAAUAGGAACUGGCUGCUGAACUGUCUUUAAUCACUGGAGAACAUAAGGGUCAGAUAUCAUGAAAAUGUCAUCUUCACAAAUAUGCUAAAAGGUCAAUGAGCCAUGGAAGUCUUUAUUCCCGUCUGGCUUCUGCACUAUGAAAAUGUGUUUAAAUUAAUGGAUACGUAUGAAAUAAUAAUAUAGCUGAAAAUAUGUGUGAAAUGAGUAACCUAAAGUAGGACAUUCUUUCAUUCUGUAGAACUACUUUUCUGCAACACAAACCUUGUAAAAUACUUAUAUAAAUCACUAUAACGUUUAACUAUUCAUAUCCCCUGUAGAGAAUUAUAACGAAGAGCAAUAGAUCUGCAAAUAAUGAGGACUGAUGUAAAAAUCAGUAGAAAGCAUUAUGAUUAUGACUUAAGAGCAUGUGUAUGCUUUUAGAUGGAAUGCUGUUCUCUUGAAGUUAUGGCUGAGCUGUUAUUAGAACUUGUCUACUCAAGUCACAGAAAACAUAGGUCAUGCCUUAUCUAUGUGGGAGGGAGCCUUCCCAGAAUUUACCUGUGAUUACUUGUGCUGUGUAUUACUCUGCAGUGGCCUCACCCCAGAGAAUGAAGGAGGGUCAAACUCUCUUGAAACUCUCUGCAGUCUUCCAGUCAUCACAAGGCCGUGGAUGUGGCGGUCUAUUCCAGACAGACUUAACUAGUCUGAAGGGUUCAAAGAAAGCCUGACAUCUCCUGUUCCACUGAAGGAGGGUGCAGGAUAUUUAGCGCCAGGCACACAUAUGGUGGUGAAUUCCCAGGCUCUUGAAAGUGACAGCCUAAUCCCUGCAAUUAUUAGCCUUCUUGGAGAUUGUGCAGCCCCCAAGUACAUGUUAGUAUAAAACAAAAGGACGACAGAGAAAGUUCCCACUCUUAAUAACUUGAGUGGGCGGGAGGAAGGGGCCACCUUCCUCGCCUCAAACAGUAGCUUUGUUUUAGGGGCAUGGGGAGGUAGGAUAUGGAGUGACAAGGUUCUUUCCCUCCCUAUAUGACUCAGAAGUAUAUCCACAAAGCCAGAUGCCUUGUCUUGUCUUCAUAUUUGCAGACAUCUAGCCCCCUUGCUAAAAACCCACUUUUUUUUUUUUUAAAGUUCUUUUACGCUGACCCACACCAUCCACAUUGCCCUCAAAAUCUAAUUGCCCCUUAGGAUGGUUCACCCUGUGGACUAGGUUCCUGGGAAACUGGAACUCAUGAUUCUUUUUAAACUGGCAGAAUAGGAGGGGAGAAAACAUUCCUACCCUUUGAUCACCAAUAUGAGCAGAAUCUGGAACCUGGUUUAAGGGUGACCUGCAGGCAUUCGUAUUCAUUGGAUUUGAUAGAUGGAAAUCCAAGGUUGCAAGGCUUUCAUUACGAAGAAGUAGCUCAGAGGACUUCGGUUUUUCUCUCCAAUUUGUGAUGUCUCCAAGAAGAAGACUUGGUAUGGAUUUGGGUGGGUAAGAAAGCAUUUCAACACCCAGAAGAGGACAUGAUCAAAGCUGACCUUUUUUACUGUAGUACUUUGCUGUUAACCCCAAUACUGUAUCUGCGUUUAUCUUUUGUUCAUCUACUUUCACUUACGUACAGUAUUAUAUGGUAGAGGAAAAUGGGAAAAUGCAAGUGAAUUCAACUUUAUACGUUGUAUGUAUGUAUACCUGCACUUUUCAUUUGGGUUUGGUUAAAGAGAGUCACAAAGGGCUUAUGAAAAUCAUUUUUGAAUUGAUUAGAAUAUUGAAUAAGCAAUCCUGUGAUCCACUAAUUUGUUUUAUCUGAAUUAGAAUUAUGAAAUCAAGGAGAAUUACUGUGUAUCUUAGCCGUUUUGAUUUGAGGUAACUCGAAAUAUAAAAUUAUUAAAUGUCAUCAUGUCUCCCAGCCCUUACAUGUGGAUAUUUUUUAAGUGGACUUGUAUGCUGAUAAUUCUAGACCAAAGUAAAUAUGGCAGAAUAUUUAUACAUGAAAAAAUAAUUUUUCAAAUAUUUUCUAUAAUUGUAUUAUUCGUUUAAAAUGUUGAUAGCUUGUGUUAGUUUCAGGGAGGGGUGUAUAUUUUGAUAAAAAAUACUUGACUUUGUAACUGUAUAUUCUAUACAAUUUAUAGCAGAGCCAUUUUAAGACAGCCUUGUCACAUUUUUUUGUUAAUUGUGAAAAUUUUAUUAUGAGUGAUGUUUAAGUAUGCAUCGAGUACCUAAUGACCAACUAGAAUUUAAGUAAGUGUAAACAGUGAACAUACUGUAUGCUGUACAAGAUAUAUUGUAAUUUGCUGUUUUAGCAUCUGUAUUUUGGUUAGAAGAUAUUAAAUGCAGAUGUUAAGGGUUGGAAAAGUCUAAUUUUAUUUUUAGAAAUAAUGAAUAUAAAUUUGUUUUUGCUUGAUUAAAAUAGCUUAUUCCUACAUUAAGUCUCUUUUUAAAUGUUUCAGUGUUAAUUCUUUGUACAGCCAAGCAGCUCUUUCAGCUCUGUGAGUCAUGGCUUUGUUUCACAUGUUAUUCAGUCACUAAAGUUCGGUUUCCUUACUUCCUUGCGUUCCGUGGCACCUACUUACAUGCUUAGGACUCAAAUGGAAGGUGACUUUUUUUUAAAAAAUGGUAUAAGAGGGAUUGAAGUUUUCU